GGCGUGCACCGCGCAAAGCCACACCGGAGCCAGAACAAACCUUGUGUUUGUGUUCCUCUGCAGUGAACUUGCUGUUUUAGACCUUCCGCGGGGACUUCAGAUCACACCGGAUCUGCGAGUAGUCCUGGAAGAGAGACUGAGCAGCCCUCGGUGUGGACUGACUGUGCUUGCCGCCGCGCGCGUUUGUCCCCUCCAACUUUUGCCUCUUCUCUUGUCACGUCUUGGAAAUCGACCUGGAGGAGAAGGACAGAAGAAAGGAGCAGGAAAGAGAGCAAGAGACCCGGGACUUUGAACCAUGAUCUCCUUGUUGUUCCUCAUCCUCCUCGCACCGCGUGCGUUCUUCUCCGCGACACAGGUGGCAGUGAUCUUCCCACAAGACCCGGCUUUACGGAUCGGCUCCAGUCUGACAGCCACGUGCACGGUGAGCUCGGAGACGGGCCUCCACGCCAGCACGUUGUACUGGACCCUGAACGGGAAGCGCUUGGCCGGUAGCACCUACGCAGUAGUCAACUCCAACGCCCUGAGCGUCACCCUCCACCGCCUCAACGGCUCCCAGCAGCAGUCUGGAGAUAACCUGGUCUGCCACGGAGGAGACGGUCACGUCCUGGCUGGCUCUUGUCUCUAUGUGGGCAUGCCUCCAGAGAAGCCGAUCAACUUAACCUGUUGGUCCCGAAACACCAAGGACUUGAGUUGCAAGUGGACCCCCGGGGGGCAGGGGGAAACCUUCAUCCGAACCAAGUACACCCUCAAGUACAAAUUGAGGUGGUAUGGUAAAGAGAAAAAGUGUGAGGAUUACACCACGGUGCAGCAGCGCUACUCCUGCUACAUCCCACGUGACCUCGCCCUCUUUACCCCCUAUGAGAUCUGGGUGGAGGCAGCCAACCAACUGGGCUCAGACACCUCGGACGUCAUCACCCUCGACAUCCUCGAUGUGGUGACCACCGACCCCCCCGACAACGUGCUGGUGAGUCGGGUCGGAGAGCUGGAGGACCAGCUGACUGUCCGCUGGGCCAGCCCGCCUGCACUGAAGGACUUCCUUUUCCAGGCCAAAUAUCAGAUACGCUACAGACUGGAGGACAGCGCAGAAUGGAAGGUGGUGGAUGACGUUGGAAACCAGACGUCUUGUCGACUGGCGGGACUCCGGGCCGGGACCGUUUAUUUUGUCCAGGUGAGAUGUAACCCGGUGGGCAUCUACGGGUCCAGGAAGGCUGGCAUCUGGAGCGACUGGAGCCACCCGACUGCAGCCUCCACGCCCAUCAGUGAGCGACUGCAGAGCGGCUCAUGUGAGCCCAAGUCCAGCGAGCAGAACUCCACCCUGCGGCGCGAGCUCAAGCAGUUCUUUGGCUGGGUGCGCAAGCACGCGUACGGCUGCAGUGGCAUGUCAAUCAAACUGUAUGACCAGUGGAGGGUGUGGCUGCAGAAAUCGCAUAAAACGCGCAACCAGGUAGGUAAGGAGGAUCUUUCUCUCUUCUCAUUACCGUUCAUGUCUUCAUGCCAUGCGGUCAGCGUCUUAAACGGCAAAAAGAAGACAGAUUUCCGUUGA